AUAACAUGAUAACAAUAUUUAUAUUCUUAUUUCUCAGAAUUUGUAUCCUUGUAAAAAUAUGAUAUAUAUCUAUUUUGUAUUUAUGUUGUAUUUCCAACAUAUCAUUUAUUAUAUAUAAUAUCAUAAUAUUAUAACCAUAAUCUUAUAAUUAGUAUUUAUAAUUACUAUUGUAUAAUUUUUAAAAAUUUAAAAAAAAUUUACAAGAUAAAAAAAAUAUUUAAAAAUUUUUUCUUGAUUAUUAGUAUUAAUAUUAAUAUAAUAAUAUUUUCUGUCUAUAUUUUCUAGUAAAAGAAAUGCUAUUAAAAGUUCGUGAGGUUAUGAGCUAAAUGCAAAUAUCAAUCAAGAAUAUAUAUAAAAGAAAUUAUUUUCAUCAUAAUUAUAAACCAAAUAAUAUUUUAUGAUUAAUUCAUGAAAAAAUGUAGUUCCAAUAUUUCUUAUUCAUAUUAACAAUUAAUAAUUUACUUAUUUAUGUAAAUUACGAUAAUAUUCAAGAGGUUAUCAAAUCGCAAUAACGUAUUAAGCUAUUUUCGUCUUUCAAUGAAAAGAUUUCUUUGUGUUCUCAUGUCAAUUCAGUCACAAUUAGUAAUUUCAUAAAUCUUGAAAUGUCUUGUUCAUUAUCUAUUUUCUCUUAUUUAAUAUUGCUUCUAAUAUAAAUUAAUAACUACUUGUCUACAUAAUACUUGUAACAUUCGAAUAAUUGAAACAAUAAUUGUAUGAUCUUUGCAUAAUUAAUUAAUGAAAAUUUCUUGUGUCAAACGACAAGUAUCACGUCACGAUAUCAUUAAAGAAAUGUUUCUUUCAUCACUGAUUUGUUACAUAAAAUUAUCCCGGCUUAUCGAAGUCUAAUGUAUUUUAUGAUUUCACAAGUUUACUGUAACUGUGGUAAGUUAUAUCUAAAUAGAAAACACUUUAGUCAUAAAGAAACUUCUGUACACAGCACUGGUUCAAUUAUCAACUGGAAAUCUUAAUAAGACUGGCGUGCAAAUUAAUAAUUAAAAUCCAACUAAUAUGAAUUAUAAAUGGAACAAAUUGGCAGUUCAUAAGGAACCGCCUCAAAUACUUCGAACCAAAUUACAAUUGCCGAUAAAAACUUUAAUGAGUCCUGGACCGACUAAUUGUUCGAAACGAGUUCUUCAAUCUCUACAGAAUCAAAUUCUUGGGCAUCUUCAUCCAGAAUUUUGUAUGUUAAUGGACGAAGUUAAGAAAGGUCUUCAAUAUAUCUUUCAAACAAAUAAUAGACUCACUUUGGCACUAAGUGCAUCAGGUCAUGGAGGUAUGGAGGCUUGUUUAACAAAUUUAGUUGAACCUGGUGAAACUGUACUCAUUGUCAAGGGCGGAAUUUGGAGUCAACGAGCAACUUGCAUGGCCAAUCGACUUGGUGCAAAUGUAAAAUUAGUAGAAACGGAAUACAAUAAAGGAAUCACAUUGAAAGAAUUAGAAAUUGCUUUAGAACAGCAUAGACCAGUCGUGGUCUUCAUGGUCCAAGCUGAAUCUUCCACAGGUGUGAAACAACCAUUAGAAGGUUUUGGUGAACUUAUACAUAAAUACAAUGCUUUGCUUAUCGUUGAUGUGGUUGCAUCAUUGUGUGGUGAGCCAUUCUUUAUGGAUUCUUGGGAUAUCGAUGCAGCUUACGCGGGCAGCCAAAAAGCCAUUGGUGCCCCUCCAGGACUCGCACCUAUUUCGUUUAGUCCGCGAGCAGAAAAGAAAUUGUUUGAAAGAAAAACAAAACCCUUCUCGUUUUAUUGGGAUCUUAUAAUUCUUGGAAAUUAUUGGAAAUGUUUUGGAAAUGAGGAUCGUGUAUAUCAUCACACUAUGAGUGCUACACUUCUUUAUGGUCUUCGUGAAGCAUUGGCGGAAAUCGCAGAAGAGGGUCUUCAAGCAUUAUGGAACAGACAUGCUGUCGCAGCUGUCAGAUUAAGAAAAGGUCUUGAAUUACGAGGUCUUCAAUCUUACGUAAAAAUUCCACAAUAUCAAUUAUCUACAGUUAUAUCUGUGCAAUUGCCACCUGGUGUUGAUGAUAAAAUUGUUAUUCAACGAGCUAUGGAAAAAUACAAGGUUGAAAUUAGCAGAGGUUUGGGCCCAACUGUUGGAAAAGUUUUACGAAUUGGAUUGCUAGGAGUUAAUGCCACCCCUGAAAAGGUCGAUCUUGUUCUACGUGGUUUGGACGAGGGUUUAAAAUAUGCAUCGGUAUCGAAAUUAUAAAGAAAAA